CCCCAACUCUAUUCCUAAAUCCUACUCCUAUAUAUAAAAUUAAAAAAAUACUCCUACUUCCUCAAUCCUCAAUCCCCCAAUUCCCAAUCCUUCUUCUUCUUCUCAAUCUCCGGCAGCCUACAGACGUCUUCGUAUACGUCUCCGGCGAACGCCAUCCCAAAAACCAAAAAAUGAGAGAGUGCAUUUCAGUCCACAUCGGUCAAGCCGGAAUCCAGGUCGGAAACUCCUGCUGGGAGCUCUACUGUCUCGAACAUGGCCUUCAGCCUGACGGACAAAUGCCCGGUGACAAAACCGUCGGAGGCGGCGACGACGCCUUUAACACCUUCUUCAGCGAAACCGGCGCCGGGAAACACGUCCCUAGAGCAGUGUUUGUCGACUUGGAACCCACCGUCAUCGACGAGGUCCGUACCGGUACCUACCGCCAGCUCUUCCACCCGGAGCAACUCAUCAGCGGUAAAGAAGACGCCGCUAAUAACUUCGCCCGGGGUCAUUACACAAUUGGAAAGGAGAUUGUGGAUUUGUGUCUAGACCGGAUUCGAAAGCUUGCUGAUAACUGCACCGGUCUACAAGGGUUCUUGAUUUUUCACGCUGUGGGAGGUGGAACCGGGUCGGGUCUCGGGUCAUUGUUACUUGAGAGGUUGUCAGUCGAUUACGGGAAGAAGUCAAAACUCGGGUUCACCGUUUACCCGUCGCCGCAAGUUUCAACGUCGGUGGUGGAGCCGUACAACUCGGUGCUUUCAACUCACUCACUUCUCGAACACACCGACGUUUCAGUCCUCCUCGACAACGAAGCAAUCUACGAUAUAUGUCGGAAGUCGUUGGAUAUUGAAAGACCGACGUACACUAACCUGAACCGGCUUGUUUCUCAGGUGAUUUCUUCACUCACGGCGUCGCUCCGGUUCGACGGAGCAUUGAACGUCGACGUGACGGAGUUUCAGACAAAUCUUGUUCCAUACCCGAGGAUUCAUUUCAUGUUGUCUUCAUACGCGCCUGUGAUAUCUGCAGAGAAAGCUUACCAUGAACAGUUAUCAGUUGCAGAGAUAACCAACAGUGCGUUCGAGCCAUCUUCGAUGAUGGCGAAGUGUGAUCCACGUCAUGGGAAGUACAUGGCGUGUUGUUUGAUGUACAGAGGCGAUGUGGUUCCGAAAGAUGUGAACGCCGCCGUGGCCACCAUUAAAACGAAGAGGACGAUUCAGUUUGUGGAUUGGUGUCCGACGGGGUUUAAGUGUGGGAUUAAUUAUCAGCCGCCUACGGUGGUUCCUGGUGGUGAUUUGGCGAAGGUUCAGAGAGCUGUGUGUAUGAUUUCGAAUUCUACUAGUGUUGCGGAGGUGUUUUCGAGGAUUGAUCAUAAGUUUGAUUUGAUGUAUGCGAAGAGAGCUUUUGUGCAUUGGUAUGUUGGUGAGGGAAUGGAGGAAGGUGAGUUUUCGGAAGCUAGAGAGGAUUUGGCUGCUCUUGAGAAGGAUUAUGAGGAAGUUGGUCUUGAAUCUGCUGAUAAUGAGGAAGACGAUGGUGAUGAGUAUUAGAUAGUUUUUGGUGCCCUAAUUGUGAAAUCCAAUGGACUCAUUGGUUUUGAUCGGAAUUAAAUUUUCAUUUGUAG